AUGGUGUUAAUGGGAAACUGCACAGUGGUGACUGAGUUCGUUCUUCUAGGAUUCUCAGAAGGUCCAGAACAGCAGCUUCCCCUGUUUGUGGUGUUCCUCAUAAUCUACAUCAUUACCCUAAUGGGAAAUCUGGGGAUGAUCCAGUUGAUCAGGGUCAGCACCCGGCUUCACACUCCCAUGUACUUUUUCCUGGGCAACUUGUCUGUUGUUGAUAUCUGUUACUCAUCAGUCAUCACCCCAAGGAUGCUGAUGAACCUUCUAGCAGAUGGCAAAUCAAUUUCCUUCAAUGCAUGCUUUGCUCAGCUCUACUUUUUUGUUGCCUGGGUGUGUACUGAGUGUUUCAUGCUGGCCACAAUGGCAUAUGACCGUUACAUGGCUAUCUGUAGCCCAUUGCUCUAUUCAGCUGUUAUGUCACAGAGCAUCUGCAUCUCAUUGGUUGCUGGUUGCUGUUUUAUUGCCUUCACAAAUGCCAUGAUAACCGUAUGUUUUAUAAGCAGAUUGCAAUACUGUGGAUCUAACGUCAUCAGGCAUUUCUUUUGUGACACUCCUCCCCUAUUAGCACUGUCCUCUGAUAGCUAUGUCACUGAAAUGAUCAUUUCCUUUCUCGCUGGUCUGACCACCAUUGGAUCCUUAUUUAUCAUUCUCUUUUCUUACCUGUUCAUUCUGUCUGCUAUCCUGAAGAUCCGUUCCGCUCAAGGCAGACAGAAGGCCUUUUCCACUUGCACGUCUCACCUUACAGCAGUCACAAUCUUCUUCGGGACUCUGAUAUUUACAUAUCUGCGACCCAAUACAAGCUACUCAUUGGGUCGGGACCAAGUGGCUUCUGUGUUCUACACAGUGGUGGUCCCGAUGCUGAAUCCCCUGAUCUACAGCUUAAGAAACAAGGAAGUGAAGGAGGCCUUCAGGCAAUCAAUGAGAAUAAAGCUAUUUUAG